UUUUAAGGGCCUGCUUCAACGUGGGCUACAAUUACCGAUCUCCCUUCAAUGAAAAACCGUCUACUAUUUGUCCGGCAUCCCUAUUUCCAAGAUGACCUGGAGACAGACUGAACCAGGCAUCUUCGUCAAGGACUUUGACGGAGCAGAGAAGGUCUACUACAAGAUCUUCACAUCCUUCAAACCGCUCAACCGCGAGCACUGGGGCAUCUACGCCAUCUGCACCGUCAACUUCGGCCCGUCCCUCAACACCGAUCGCGUCGCUAUAUUGCGCAGCGCCUGGAAGGCCCUAAGAAUCACCUUCCCAGGCCUAAGCCUCGUCCCCAUCAACGUUGCGAAACUGUACAAAGUGUCCGAUGCACAGUCAGUGGAGGAAUGGGCCGGGCAGACAUUCUUCGUCGACGCGGAGAAGACACCAGAGGAAGUUAUUGCCAGCGCUAAACCCAGAGACCUGCCCAGCCUCUACUAUCUCCCCGCGUCGUCUUCCGUCGUCUUUCUGAGCUCACACUGGCGGAUCGAUGCCCUGGGUACCUGUAUGCUUCUUGACCGCUUCUUCUCCAUCCUUGAGCAGCCGUCGCUGGUCGAAGCGACACCGGCACCAGAUGAACGGGGGAAAAUUUCGCCCAGCCUUGAAGACGCGGCUGGAUCGCCGCGGACAUCGACAGAGGAGAUGGAGAAGUUCGCAGGGGAGUAUAUUGCCAACUUCCAUAAGAAAGCAGUGCAGACGAGCGGGUUUCCCUUUAAAGGUGGACCGAAUACCCUCCCAUCCAAUCCGGCCCAAGAGGCAGUGAUGUUCAGUCCGUCGAGCACAAAAUCCUUGCUGGCUGCUUGCAAGGAUCGUCGGAUCAGCGUCACUGCCGCGAUCCAUGCAGCACUGGCAGAGACGGUAUUUGUCUUGGGCAUGUCGGAGAGCCAAGCAGCGGAUUUUACGACAGUCAUGGCCGUUAAUCUGCGUCCGUACCUGCAGCCACCCUAUAACAGCCGCGACCAUGCAUGCCAGACCUACGUCGGGAGCAUUACGCCCCAGGUGCUCCGCAGCAAGAAUUUCCUGGAACGGACUGCUUCCUUGAUGGAGAGCUAUCAGGGGUGGUAUGACGGAAAACUGAUAAAAGCAUUACGGCCCAUCUUCAAGUACCACGCUGACGCUCUCUUCGCGCAACGCGCUCCUCCGCCUAACCCACCGUCUGGCGUGACUUUGAACAGCCUGGGGGUCAUUGAGAAGUACUUUCGGAGUGACUAUGAGAAUGGCUUGAAGGUGGAGCGGUUCCAUUUUGGCGUUACGAUGAUGACGAGGCAGACUAUGCUGUAUGCAUGGACGUUCCGGGGGCAAUUGACGUUGUCGCUGAACUUCAAUGAGGCAUAUUAUGAUGGGGACGUAGCGAAGAAGAUUCUCCUGCAUAUUAAGAGGGUGCUGGAGAAGGAAUUGAGCGUGGAACUAGAUCCGGUUGGUAUACAAUAGUUGGAUGGGGUAGGAUGUAUGUUCCCAUAUAUAAUGGAAAUUCUAGAACCACAUUGACUUUCCCUGAAUGCCCUUGCUUUAAGAGCGCUCAGUGAGCAUAAUUUCGAUUUCGGAUGCGCUACUACUACUGCUGCUGCUGCUGUUGCUGCUUCAUGAUCCUCUCAUUUAGUACAACCUCUGGGCUUUCAGCAGGUAAGGGUGACACAAUACUCCUAGACAGCUGCGUCGUAUCCAGGUAGCCAUGAGCAAGAAAAGGCGUUGAAGCAGCUGAAAGAAGGGAUAGGAAUCAUUCCAAGAGGAACCUUACCUUCUCCUUUCCCGUCCGGCCUAUUUUUGUGCGAUCCUUUGGACUUCACGCUCGUUCCAAAAGUAUUUCUCAAGAGACGGUCUUCCCCUUUCCUGUUGUCUUACUUUCCAUCAAAUUCUUCGUGUAAAUAGGCAACCUAGAUGGCGAAUUAGCACAGGUCAGCCGGUGACAUUUCGCAGUCCUAGAUGGCAACUACUCUGCUGAAUAGAUCUUGUGAUUGAGACAGUAAGGACGGCCUAACUGGGCAAUUGUAUAGUUAUAUGUUGCACCCUGGGAUCCUUUGUACCUCUGUAUCGUUAGCUUGGGUUUCCGUUGGCGCGACUUACCUGGUCUGUCUGGUCUAUUCGGAACCAGCAACAACGCUGUGGUAUUGUAUAGGCCUCAGGUCACAGUAGCUGUCAUUGAAGGAACUUAGAGGUAGAAAGGAGCAAGGCUCCCUUGGUACGUGAACCUGGAUUGGAGAAGUACUGACAAACACAGAUGACCAAGUUAAUAUUUCAGUAGCUUGGUCAUAUUAAACGCGAGAAGAGGAAGAGUACGGUAACUCGAUACAUGAUGGCAAUGACUGUC